AUGGACCUUCAGGAAUACUUCAGAAGGAUUGGGUUCAGUGGAGUGUACAAGAAACCCGAUCUGGCCACUCUUCAUACCGUCCAUGAGCUGCAUGUUAUGAGUGUUCCCUUUGAGAACCUCAGUAUCCACUGUGGAGAACAAAAUACCAUGAACUUGCAGAUCAUUUAUGAGAAGAUUGUCAGAAACUGUCGUGGAGGAUGGUGCUGUGAAAGCAACCUGCUCUUCUCCUGGGUGCUGAGAGAGAUGGGAUACAAAUACACCAUGCUGGGCUGUAAGGUCUAUAACCUGGUCAAAAAUGACCUCAGCCACUCAGAUUCACACCUCAUUAGCCUUGUGGAGAUUAAGAGCAAGCAUUAUAUCACUGAUGUGAGUUUUGGAGUGGGGGACCAAAUAUGGCACCCCUUAGAAAUGGUCGCAAAUGAAGAUCAAGAGCAACCAGCAGGGAUUUUUCGCUUAUUGAAUGACGGUGAGAGAUGGACACUGGAGAAGACUGGAAGAAAGCCACUGAUCCGGAAUGAAGCCUUUGCUAAUUCCAGACUCGCUGACAAGCAACUGACGAAACCAAUAUACUCCUUUGUCUUAACACCACGGGAAAUUGAUCAUUUUCUUAAUAUAAGCGAAUACUUGCAGACCAGCCCUGAGUCUGUGUUCACACAGAAAUCCAUUUGUUCCAUCCAGACCCCCACUGGAUACAGAGCUCUGAUCGGGUGGACCUACAUUGAAGUGACAUUUAACAAGGAGGAAGACACCGAUUUCAUAAUGCCCAAGAAUGUAGUUGACAGUGAGUUAGAUUCAAUACUUAAGGAAAAGUUUAAUAUUGUUUUAGUUAACAAACUGACACCAGUAAACAACAAAGUUUCAAAUAACCUGUAG